AUGGCAGCUGCGUAUGCAGCUCUUCUUUCUCUCAGACAUACUAUCGAACAGCUUCGAAACCAUCCCGACCCUUCAGUAAUAUCCCUUUACCACACACAAAUCGAAUCAAUCUCCGAAAAUAUCAUUUUCUUGCUACAGCUUCUCGAAAAAUGUACGUGGCCCGACAGCGCAGAAGAAGCAGAUGCUCUGGAAGCUCGUCUUGCCGAUACAGCUUACGAGGCAGAGGACCUGGUCGAAUCACAUACUGCCACUCACAGACAAAUUUUCAAUCCCAUUCAUUUCUUUCGUUUUGUUCUCAAAGCUUCUAGUCUUGCGAAAGUGGCGGAAGAUAUGGAUUCAAUCACGAAUUGUGUCAAGGAGAUGAUGACCGAAAUCAAUGAUGAUGAUGUGGAGGAGGAGCUUCACAAGAAUCGUACAGCAGCCCUAACUGGAAGUUCAUCGAGGUAUCUUCCAAACUCAAAAAUCAUGGUAGGUGUUGAUGAUGUCAUAGUACAGGUCAUGGGUAAGCUCACAGAUAAAGAAUGGCGACCUAAACGUCAUAUCAUCCCAAUUGUCGGCAUGGGGGGCUCUGAGUACAGCAUUCGAGACAUCCUAGUACAGUGUCUUCUCAGUUUACAACAAGAGGAAGAUCUAAAUGGAAAGUGUGAGAAUGUGCUAGGAGAAUUACUAUAUAAGAGCUUAUCGGGUAGGAGGUAUUUAGUUGUAAUGGAUGAUUUAUGGAGUGUUGAGGCGUGGGAGAAAAUGCAAUUCUACUUUCCCGAUUAUGCGGACGGGAGUCGAAUUGUUAUAACCACCAGGCUAACUCGCGUGGCUCUUUACAUGGCUAACUCUGUUGAUGUCGUUGAAAUGAAAUUCUUGGACGAGGAUAACAGUUGGAACCUAUUCUGUAAAUUCUUGGACGAGGAUAACAGUUGGAACCUAUUCUGCAGAAUCGUGUUUGAGGAAGAAAGCUGCCCUCCCGAAUUAGAAGAAACGGGAAAGAAAAUCGUGAAAUCCUGCAGAGGGCUUCCUUUGUCGAUCACGGUGAUAGGUGGACUUCUGUCGAAGGUCAAACAAUCACGUAGGUAUUGGGAAAAUGUCUUGAAAAACUUUCAUGCAGUCUUGAAUUCAGAGGAUGAUGAGUGCUGUUCAAGAAUACUGCGCCUGAGUUACUUUGAGCUGCCUAUAUAUCUGAAGCCUUGUUUUAUUUACAUGGGAGUUUUUCGGGAAGACCGUGUAAUUCCUAAAUCAAGGCUCGUAAGACUACUGGUUGCUGAAGGAAUUCUCAGACCAAUUAGUGGUAAGUCUUUGGAAAUCGUUGCUGAAGAAUACUUACAGGAGCUUGUGGAUAGAAACCUGGUUUUAGUUGAACAAUUUGGUUCCACAGGGAAUAUAAAAUCUUUCAAAAUCCACGACCUGUUGAGGGACCUGUGCGUAAAAGAAGCUCGGAAAAAGAAGUUUCUUCACGUAUUAGAGUCUCCGAGAAAUGAGUAUUUUGCAUUGAAAACACAACGGCGCACCAGUUUCUAUUCGAAUGUGAUCGGCGAUCACUAUAUUAAUUCUUGGCGAUCUUCUUCACUCCGUUCUUUGAUUUGUGAUUUGAGGAAAGGGGCUAUUGAGUUGCGAAAUCUUUAUUUCAAAUCAUUGAGGGCGCUAACAGUUGUGUACGCCGCGCAUUUAGUUCCCGAAGAGAAUGAUGAUUUCAUGAAAAUUAUUCCGUACUUGCGGCUUCUUGAUAUUGACUGCGAAAAGUUUCCGCUAGCCCCUUGUCCGCCUCGGGAAACAAGGCCGAGUAAAUUGGGUUGGAGCCUUGGAGUCUCGUUUUCGCUGAAGAAGUUGAGUUUAUGGUGCAUGAAAUCCGAUUGGGAAGAGAUUGGGACAACGAUAGGUUUGUUGCCACAUCUGCAAGUUCUGAAACUGAUAUAUUGUCAUUUGGGACAUAAGUGGGUAACCGUUGAGGGUCAAUUCCAGCUGCUAAAGUACUUACACGUCAGCUGUCAGGAUCUAUUGCAGUGGAGUUUGGACAGCUGUCACUUUCCGUGCCUCGAGCAUCUUGUUCUUGAUACGUUUUCCAAGUUGGAUAGGAUACCUCGGGAGGUUGGAGAUAUGCCUAUGCUGAAAUCGAUCGUUGUGCGUGAUUGUAACGAGUCUACCAUGGCUUCUGCAAGGGAAAUAGAAAGAGAACAAAGAGAGGAUAUUGGGAAUGAAAGUCUUCGAGUAACGAUUGUGUCCAGAGACUAUGACAAGAGUCGUCAAGAAUUUUCGAUCGAGAGGCUUGAGGUAAGGCCUGUUGACUUCUUUAUGCUCCUUCUAAACAUGAUGACGUUUCUGUUCACAUUAUGUUUAACUUCUACCAUUAGACAACGCAUAAAUGAAUAUUUAAUGAACUCAAAGUAUCAAAACUACAGAUGA